UGUAUUUCCCUCAUCGUCGGCUGGCAUCGCGUCGGUGGUUAAUUUCGGCUGUUUUGUUUGUAUAUUUCCAUUUUUUUUUCUUAAAAAAAAAAAAAAACAAAAAAACCCAAAACAUUGAAACACAGGGAGUUACUUCGUUAAGGGAGACAGUAAAUUUUGCCAAAAAUGUUGGAGAUUGAGCUUCCUAAAAUGCUUCCUAAUCAACAGGAUAUGGAUCUGAUUGAUAUCCUGUGGAGGCAGGAUAUAGACCUGGGAGCAGGCAGAGAGGUGUUUGACUACAGCUACAGGCAGAAGGAGGUGCAGUUGCAGCGGCAGAAGGAGCUGGAGGAGGAGAAGAGAGAGCAGAUCGUGAGAGAGAAAGAGAAGGCGCUUCUCGCCCAGUUACAGCUUGAUGAGGAGACAGGAGAGUUCGUGCCUCGUCCCACGCCUGUCAACAACACUUUGACACAGGCCAACACUGCGCCUACUGAGAUCACACAGAAUGUGGCGUUCACGGAACAAGAUGGAGAAGCCAUGUCAUUUGACGAAUGCAUGCAGCUUCUGGCAGAGACGUUUCCUCUAGUGGAGCCAGCAGAGGCUGCUCCUCCUUGUCUGGGUCCCUCCAUUCCUCCCUGUACAGACAACACUCAUCUCAUGAUGCCUGGAGAAAUACCCCUGCUUACCCAGAAUCCCCUGCUGCCAGGACCUAUGGACCAGACCUGGAUGGAUCUGCAACACUGCCUGAACAUCCAGGAGAUCCUGGAUAUGUCUGGUUAUGUAAACCCAGCCCAGCCUGCUAAUGUACAGGAGUCCAACUACAGCCAGUAUCUGCCUAAAUUAAGUGAUGUCACCACUGGAACUGCUGAUAUGUGCCCUCCGAAGUUCAUGAACACUUACGAUGCUGCUUUCAGCAACGUUAAUCAGAUAAACUUGAAAACGCCAGACAUAAACGAAAGCUUUGGACCAGAUGAAUUCUGCGACAUGUUCUACCCUGAUCUGGAGGCUAAAGUGAGCAGUGCAUCUCUUCCAUGUGAAGGGGAAAACACAGAUGGACAGUUGGAUGAGCUCCCAAAUGCUCCUUUGCUCAAUCCCAUGGACAUGCACAGCCUGUCUCCUGGAAAUUUCAGCACAGAAAAAAAUGAAGAAAUGGCUGAAUUCCCAGAUUCAGAUUCCGGUUUGUCUCUUGAUGCCAGUCCGAAAAUGAGCUCUCCUGGGAAGUCCCUGAACAGUGAUGGUGGUGUUGGAUUCAGUGACUCUGACAUGGACGAGCUGGACAGUGGUGCUGGGAGCAUGGAAUCUGAUUAUUCUGAUAUGUUUCCCCUGCUGUUUCAGAGUGACAGCCCUCUACAGUCACUUCAGGAGAAUUCUGGUGUAACUCUGGCACAAGAGGACACUGUUAAACAUCCAAAGACAGAGCAGGCAGAGGCGAGUGGAUACUCCAAACCACCCUUCACCAAAGACAAGCAGAAAAGGCGCUUAGAGGCGAGGCUCACCCGUGAUGAGGAGAGAGCAAGAGCCUUGAAGAUCCCAUUCGCUGUGGAGCUGAUCAUCAACCUGCCAGUGGAUGACUUUAACAGUUUGAUGGGCAAGCAUCAGUUGAAUGAGGCACAGCUCGCACUUGUGCGUGACAUUCGCCGGCGUGGCAAGAAUAAGGUAGCAGCUCAAAACUGCCGCAAACGCAAGAUGGAGAAUAUCAUGGGCCUGGAGUAUGAGCUGGACUCGCUCAAGGAGGAGAAGGAGCGUCUGAUGAAGGAAAAGAGCAAAAACAGCAGCAGUCUAAGGGACAUGAAACAGCAGCUCAGCUCGCUGUAUCUGGAGGUGUUCAGCAUGCUGAAGGAUGAGCAGGGAAAGCCCUAUUCCCCCAGCGAGUACUCCCUUCAGCAGACGUCAGACGGCAACGUCUUCCUUGUCCCACGCAUUAAAAAGACUCUUGUUAAGAGCAACUAGCACUUUUUCUGCUUCUUCUCAUUAUUGGUACUACAUAAUUCUGUAGCUAAGUACUAUGCAAAAGAAGAAAACAAACAAAAAAUACUUUUUAGGCAUUUUUGCUUAAUCUUUAGCAUUAAAGACGGCAGAACUAUUAUAUAGUUUUUGCUUAUUCUACUUUCUUAAUAUUCUUAAUAUCUCCUAUAUUUUGUACUUCUUUAUAUUUUAUCUGAGAAUGUUUUAUCUUAAUGGUUUGUAAAUACAUUUAUAUUUUAUUUGCUAUUGGAAUACCAAACAACUUACUGUAUUGUACUGUUUUAAAAUGCUACUAAUUGUGUUGCGAUCACUGGCACUCAGAAAAGUCUGUUUUUAUAUAUUAAUUUAAAAUUCUAUUGCAUUGUUAUCUCUUGACUUAGUGCUUUAUAUAUAAAAAAUAAAUAAACUAUUCAUUUAAUUUUACUUGAACUUUUGACUUUCUGUGUGUUACUGAUGGUGAAUAUCUGAUAAACCAAAAACAAUGUACAUUUUGAGUUUUAUUUACAGAACAAUCCAUUAUAAAGAACAAAUGGUGUGUUGCGUGCGUGUAAAAUGCCAACCAGACACACAAGUUCAGACCUGGCAGCCUAAAGCACACCUUAUCUGAACACCUCUAUUGUUUGACUGUUGCCUGCAUGAAACCUACAAUAUGGUUUCUCUCAGCCCUGCUGUACAAACAAAGAAGAAACGGAGAGCUGUGCAUAUCGUAGCGUUUGCAUACCGUAGCGCUCUUUCACCUACAACCAUUAUCUUUGAACAUCAAGUUCAACCAAAAAGCAGCACUUCAAAAGCCAUUAGCCAAACCGAACAAACAGGAGCGGCUGCUUCAAGGACGUAUUCUGGACAUCACUGCUGUUAAUGCAAAGAAUAGCAGGUUUAUGCUUGAUUUAUCCACUUUAGCUAAUGUACUGUUGCUUAUGAUACAUUACAAAUUGAGUUACGCAACUGACAUCAUAAUAAAAACUAGCUGGAUUAUUUAAUUAUUUUACAUCACGUCUGUUUUAAUCUGGUCUAAGUCAUUCGCAACAAUGUUAAGUUUACAUAAGCAAAAAGAAUAAAAAUUACACAAUUUUACGUCA